UUGGAGCCACUGAGUGGCUUUCCAUUUAUCCAAACAACAUGUUUUCCACAGAGCAGAGCUGUUGGUUUAUCCGCAAGGUAAUUUGCUGGAGAGCUGCAGCCAGUGUUGCUUGGGCUGUCCUGUUGUUGCCACCCAUCACAUUCGUUUUUGUGAUCCUCAGCAAGUUCAGUUUCCUCCACCCCAUCCAGACGAUAUCAGAAUGCCUGUACCUACUAGCAAGCGCAAGCGGCAUCUUCUCUUUCAUCCUGUUGUGUGGAGUUAUCCUCAUCGUUGGUUUUCUGAACUUGGAGUAUUACACAGUCAUUCCAACUAUUGCAUGCUCGAAAAUUGCACUGUUGGGUCAGCUGCUCCACCCUCGGCAGUUCGUCAACUCCCUUGUCCACUGCAUCAUGGGAAUAAUCGUGGCCUGGUGUUGUGCUGUUACCAUUGGUUUUCGAUAUGAGACACUCGGCUAUCCGUGUACACAGAGUGAUGGUUACCCUCAGAUGUGUCUGAAUGAGUAUCAUCUCAUCCUUCUGCUGGCGGGAGCUUUUGUUGGGUUCUCUCACAGUCUGCUGGGUGUGAUUAGCAACAUGAACUACGUCUCCUUUCACACUGUUCAGCAAUACAAAUACCUUCGCUUCAAAGGAUCCCUGCCGUUGGUGGUGAAGUGCAGUGCCACUCAAGCACUUUACUCUGUCAGGAACUACAUUGUUGUGUAUUUGUUUUUGGGCUACAUUCCAAGAGCAUGGAUCUGUAAGACACUGAAUCUUCAUUUGGACAGCUCUGUCCACACUCUUGACAGCAUAGCUGGACUGCUGGACCUCUCUCUGCUCUAUCACCUGUGGAUCAGUGCCACUUUCCUUCUCCUCACGUGGCACAUCACACUGCUGCUCUUUAGGAUUUUUGUCACUGAGGUGUACAGUUUUCCUGUGCAGUCAUCUUUUACUGAGGAUUCACACCAAUAUCUUCCCAAAGUUCUUGCUGAGAAGCAGCCAAAGAUAUUAAAAUUUCUAGCUCUGCAGGACUUGGCUCUGUUGUCUCAGCAUUCUCCUUCACGACGCUGUGAAGUCUUCAGUCUGAGUCAGCCAGGAGGACAUCCUCAUAACUGGAACGCCAUCAGUAAAGAGUGUCUGUCUCUGCUGACUGAUCUGACUCAGCGACUUGUAGCCUAUCAUGAUACAGUAGCGACGAAUGGCAGGGCCAAAUCACUGCCAAGUGGGAAUGAAAGGAAGACUUCAUCUGAGACAUCAGUAACCUCAGGUACAGAAGACCUGAUGAGUCCAAGGCCCACUUUUGUGAUGAAAACCCCAGCGUCAGUUUUUGCCCGCUCCAUUGUUGGAACCCCGCAGAGUCCUUUGACAGCACUGUUCACUCCUGACCUGGACAGCCCCUUGGCCUCUCCUGCUCUGCGUCGUCUUACUGCUCCAGUGGAACAGUGCUCACCAUGGUACGGCACAGUGCAGAGUCCACACAUCAUGAGGAGAGCGCCAAAACUCUGGUCCACCUCCACAGAUUCACAGGUCAAUGGCAGUCCAACACCAUCCCCAGCCUCAGUUCCUAGUCCAAAGCAGGAACCCUCCAAACCAAGUUUUUUGGCUCAGUUCCUCCAGAACAGAAAAGAACAGGUUAAAAAUUUCUUGGCAAAGCGGGUGCUGAUAAUGUAUUUGUUUAACAAGCUUCCAGAAGCCUCCAGUCAGGCUCUUUUUGCUGACAGCCAGGCUCACAUUUGGGCUUUGGAAGGGCUGUCGUACCUUGUUCAAGCCUCAUUCUCAGAAGACCAAUUUGGGGUUGUACAGACUACAUUACCCAGCAUUCUCAGCUGCAUGCUGGUCUUGCAGGAGGCUGUAGAUCGGCACUUCAAGCUGCCUCAUGCCUCCAGUAAGCCUGUCAGGUCGACCAGCAUCAUGGGAGACUCGACUUUUAAAACGAUGCGCUUUGCUCUGAGGGCCACACUCAAGACUGCCAUCUACAGGAUAACAACCACUUUUGGAGAUCACCUAAACGCUGUUCAGAUUUCUGCAGAGCACCGGAAAAGAUUGCAGCAGUUUUUGGAGUACAAGGAAUAACACACCUGAUACUGGCUCUGGUGCCUUCAGAUUCUUAUCAGUGUGAGCAGUGGUGUCUCAAGACAUCAGCUUCACUGAAGCAACAAAUGAAAGCCCGCAAUAGUGCCUCUUUUAUAUUUAUUUCUGCUCUACGUUGUGGCGGAUUGUAUGAGAUAGGCAAGAUCACAUCUCCCACAUGCAUGAGGCAUGUACAGGAAGUCGAACUGGCAGACUGAACGAAACAGGCUGAAAGACUGUUACCUUCUGUGUUUGGGAGAUGAAACUAGCUUAUUAUAUAAGCAGCUCAUUCCAACAGAGGUUUGCUUCAUUUGUGAUACAAGUAAAUCAUCAAAUAAUAUUUGAGACAUGUUGUAAAGGGCUACUUGAGCUGCAUUUUCUUUGGGUUUCAUAUUUCAGCUGCUGUCCUUUUGACUGAUAUUUUGCAUUUGCUAUGAUGAGUGAGAGAUGACAUGAGCGUCGACCAGGAAGCAAUUUCACAGGUGUCUGAUAUGACACGUUUUCAUCUAUCUGGUUUUGUUCUCAACACUAACCUGGAGAACAGAUUUUAAGCUGUGUGCAUCAGCUCAGUAAAUACACUUUAGUCAAAUUUGCAGAUUAGACACCUGUGUUUGCACGCAGCUGUUUGUUUUUGUCAGAUUUGUUCAUGUGAAAUGAGUGUGACGUGUCACAUCAGGGGCACAGAUUUGGUGCUACUGGUUACAAGUGUGGGUAAAUGUUUUGUCACUGCCAACAUGGGUUUGACUUUCCACUCAAAGAGCUGUUGAAUAAAAAAAAUAUGUAAAGUUCA